AUGCCGCACGCUACAUCCCACUCGACGUCGCACUCGGCUUCGGCGAGCUCCCAUAUGCGGGCGCCAUCCCAGACUCGCUCGUCAUCAAUCACCAAGUCCUACGGCGAUUCUCCCAACGGCGUCGGGUCGUCUGGCCCCGGGGAGACGGAGAAAUUUCCCGAUUUUGAUGCCGGGCACACGGCGUUUCCCAGCAGCAGCCAACCUGCCUCGACCCCGCGCUGGCAGCAGAACGGCUUCAACUCCGGCAGCAAUGGCGACGCCGCGAACGCCGGCCGCUGGACCGCGCGACGGGAUAGUAGGGUGAGAUGGGCUCCCCGGGAGUCUGUUGUAGGGCCGUCGGGCCACGCCAAGAAGAGCAGCAUUAGCCAGACUGUCCACCGGAUGCGCUCAUCGAGUAUGAGCCAGAAUGCCCACGAGAUCGCCGGAGCGCUUCGUGCGCCUGUUUCAUGGAAGCUUAUUGGCCUAUGCCUCAUGUGGUACUGGUCGUCCGCCAUGACCAACACGUCCUCCAAAACGAUCCUCACAGCCUUCGACAAACCGGCGACCCUGACCCUCAUUCAAUUCGCCUUCGUUUCGUCCUACUGCCUGCUUUUCUCGUGGCUCGCGUCUACCUUUCCGCGGCUCAGGGCCGCCGUCCCGGCGCUUCGGCAUCCGAUCCGAGCCCCUUCGCGCGAUGUCAUCCGAACAACGCUCCCGCUGGCCGCUUUCUCGAUUGGCGGCCAUCUACUGAGCUCGAACGCGACCUCCAAAAUUCCUGUGUCCUUAGUUCACACCAUCAAGGGGCUGUCGCCGCUUUUUACAGUUUUCGCCUACCGCAUCUUCUUUGAUAUUCGCUACCCUCGAGCCACAUAUUUUUCUCUAGUUCCGCUCACCAUUGGUGUGAUGCUGGCUUGUUCGGGCAACCACGCAUUCAGCGGAGGACAGUUCCUUGGAAUCAUGUAUGCGCUGUUUGCGGCCAUCAUCUUUGUCACCCAAAACAUCUUCUCCAAGAGGUUGUUUAAUGAGGCCGCGCGGGUCGAGCAAGAAGGGGCCGGACACCAGUCCCGUAAACUGGACAAGCUCAAUCUGCUUUGCUACUCCUCUGGCUUGGCCUUUCUUCUAACGUGCCCGAUCUGGGCGUGGUCAGAGGGCAUCGGCAUCCUGGGCGAUUUUCUUUGGGACGGCAGCGUGGACCUGAAUCUCAGCCCGAACUCGUUGGACCACGGUCCGCUGGUGCUCGAGUACAUUUUCAACGGCACAUUUCACUUCGGCCAAAACAUCUUUGCUUUCGUGCUACUCUCCAUGGUGUCGCCCGUGACCUACUCGGUCGCAUCCCUGAUCAAGCGCGUGUUCGUCAUUAUCAUCGCCAUCCUCUGGUUCCGCAGCCCGACCACGGGCAUCCAGGCCGUCGGCAUCGCCCUCACCUUUUUGGGUCUUUACCUCUACGACCGCAGCAGCGAGCGCAACAAAGCCGACCAACGCGCCCGUUCCCUGACCGAAACCCGCCGCCAGGCGACCCUACUACCCCUCAACACCAAACACUCACCCCCCAUCGCCGCUACGACCCUACCUCCCGUGGUGCCAAUCGGCUUCCUCAACGGCUCAUCCUCAUCCUCGUCGGGGGCAGCGGCGCCGACCAUCUUCGAAAGCCCAAGCGGCAUCGGCCCAGCCGGGUCGGCACCACACACCUACACCCAAGGCAGCGCCGCCGCGGCAGCGUUUGCGUCUGGCGGGCCCGCCAUAUUAGGCGACACCAAAAAGUCGGACGAUGUUGGAAUUGGCAGCGGGAGUGCCAGUAAUGGAGGAGCAGGCGGGGGACCAGGCGGGCCCGCGGGGAGCAGGAAUCGCGGGAUGAGCAAUGCUGCUGCUGCUGCGCCGGCGUGGCGGCCGCCAGGGACGAGACAGGAGGAUACCUGGCGGACGGGGGAUAGUCAGACGGUUGUCGCUCAGUGA